GCGCCAGCCGCUGGCCGAGGGCCGCUCCCGCCGCACUCCGGACCGCGGCCGGCCGAGAGGCGCGCAGCUCCGGGCGCGCGAGGAGAGCGAGGGCAGUCUGCCUCGCAGGGCGCCUUCCCGUGCGCGGAUCCAGAGACGAGGAUGAGGCGCCCCCCGCCGCUGCGCGUCGCCCGCCCCACUGGCCGGGUUUCACAAAUCACGCUCUUUCUGGGAUUGGUGGUGCUGCUUAGUGGUAAGGUGCAAGCUGGAGGGAAGUCUUAUACAGGACCUUGUGCAGGAAGAGACUGCAGUUGGGGUUGUGAAUGUUUCCCAGAAAAAGGAGCUCGUGGCCAACCAGGACUUCUUGGGCAGCAGGGAUUCCCAGGACCGCCUGGAGUGGGAGGUAUCCCAGGACUUCCAGGGCACAAAGGAUAUAAAGGCGAAAGAGGCCAGCCAGGAAUAACUGGACCAAAGGGAGAAGCGGGACAAAGAGGGGUCACUGGUUUUUCUGGUGCAGAUGGCAUUCCUGGUCAUCCGGGUCAAGCAGGAUCAAGGGGCAAACCAGGCCAUGAUGGCUGUAAUGGGACCAAGGGGGACGCUGGUCAGCAGGGAGGCCAGGGACCUGGAGGCUUGCCCGGAUUCUUUGGAAUCCAAGGACCCAAAGGUCAGAAGGGAGAGCCCUUUGUUUUUACUCCGGAAUUAGCCGUGCAGUUCAGGGGAGACACUGGUGACCCAGGUUUGAGGGGCUUCCCGGGACCUCAGGGUGCUCCUGGUGCAGUGGGUAUAUUUGGUCCAGUUGGAAACACAGGUCUACCUGGACCUCCAGGGCCACCAGGAUCUCCAGGACUUCAGGGCAACAGAGGCCUUGGCUUUUAUGGAGAAAAGGGUGACAAGGGUGAUAUUGGGCCCCCUGGUCUACCUGGGCGUCCAUCAACAGGAGAGUUUGUCACUUCAACAGAUGUAAUUUCAAGUGAAUAUAAGGGUGAGAAAGGAAUAAAAGGAAUUAGGGGAGAAGCUGGAAUUCCGGGUCAUCAUGCACUUUCAGCAGAAAAGGGAGAGGAAGGAAUAACAGGCUUUACAGGACAAAGAGGUUUGCCGGGAAUCAACGGUCUCACUGGAACAGAAGGGGAUGUGGGUUUCCCAGGACCUGAUGGCUUCCCUGGCAUACCUGGUCAAAAAGGAACUAAGGGAGAGCCAGGAGACAAAGGUGCUCAAGGACCACCAGCUUAUGCACCAUAUCCCAAACUAAUAAAAGGUGCAAGAGGUGACUGGGGACUCCCUGGUGCUCCUGGGCCCGAGGGUGACCGGGGCGAGCAAGGCAGUCCUGGAAGUGCUGGUCCACAAGGAUCAUCAGAUGAUAACUCUGUGGGAAGAGGUUUGCCUGGAGAAAUGGGCCCCAAAGGCCUGACUGGCGAUCCAGGUUUCGCAGCUGUUUAUCCAGGUCCUCCAGGAUUAGAUGGCAAUCCUGGAUUACAAGGAUCACCAGGUGUCCCUGGCCCUCCAGGAAGUCCAGAUACUUCUGUUGCAGUGAAGGGUCUUCCAGGGUUUCCUGGUCCUCCAGGAAACCAAGGUUACCCAGGACCACGAGGGCAAAAGGGGUUGAAAGGAGAGCCAGGAGAUUGUAAAUGUGCUGAAAGUACCGAACGAAAAAGAGGCCCUGCUGGGCAACCUGGUCCACCAGGAUUUCCAGGUCCAAUGGGGCCGGUGGGGAGAAAAGGAGACCCUGGUGAUCAAGGCCCACAUGGAGUGCCUGGCUUUGCUGGCUCAAAAGGAUUGCCUGGUGUACCUGGGCCACCUGGACAACAAGGGCCAAAAGGAGAUUCGCGAUACGUUACCACAAGAGGUGCUAAAGGAGACCAAGGAAUUCCAGGGAUUCCUGGAUAUAAAGGAGAAGAUGGUUUGCCAGGAAGAGACGGCACAGAUGGUUUACCAGGACUACCUGGGCUUCCGGGUGAUGGUGUACGAGGUGAACCAGGGGAUCCUGGUGAACCUGGUCCGUUAGGCCCAAAGGGUUUUCCCGGAGAAGAAGGCUUGCCAGGUGUUGGCUUGCCAGGCCCAAAGGGAUAUCCUGGCCCUCUGGGUGACCCUGGGGUUCCUGGGAGUCCUGGCUUCCAAGGUUCCCCAGGACCUCCAGGCACUCCUGCUGAAAUAGAUUGUGGACAGACAGUCAAAGUCUUUUUCAGAGGUAACAGAACUGAGCCAAUUCAGUCAGGAACUAGCUGUAUUCAAGCGCCAAAAGGAACUCCAGGAACUCCAGGGAUUCCAGGACCAAGAGGUGCGAAAGGUACAAGAGGGAUUGCAGGCGAACUCGGUCUGCAUGGAUCCAAAGGGCUGAAAGGCUCUCUGGGAGAUCAAGGUCGUGAGGGCUUAGCAGGCCCACAAGGAUUUCCUGGGCCCAGAGGAAACAGAGGUGCACCAGGAUUGCCUGGGGAGCAGGGCUUUCCUGGGAGUCCAGGAUUGCCAGGUUGGCCAGGCCCUCCAGGAGUGAAAGGAGUUGCAGGUGACCGAAUUGGAGCUCCCACAGGCCCCCAAGGGGAUGCUGGGCCACCGGGAAUCCCAGGACUGAAAGGCCCCCCAGGAGAUCACGGCUUGCCAGGACUGAGAGGAAGUGAUGGCAUUCCAGGUCAGCCUGGAGCUAAAGGGCAUCCUGGGUCUCCUGGCCCUGCUGGCUUGACUGGUUUGCCAGGACCACAAGGACCAUUUGGAUUCCCUGGACUGCCAGGCCAGCAAGGGAUCACGGGCAGAGCUGGCUCACCAGGGUUUGUAGGCUCACCGGGUGCCAGAGGAGAUGCAGGAGACCCAGGGAAACCUGGUCCUGUAGGAAUGAAAGGUCUGGCAGGUGACAGAGGUGAACCUGGUUUCAUUGGAACUAAAGGCAAGGCUGGUGAGCCUGGUCUCCCUGGGGUGGAUGGAAUGCACGGUCUUCCAGGUGUGAAAGGUGCUAAAGGUUCCUCUGGUAUUGGAGGCUUCAAAGGUGCGAUAGGCGUCAGAGGGUGGCCAGGGCAGAACGGAAUCAAAGGAGAGCCUGGCUUCACUGGCUUGCCAGGGAUUCGAGGUUUACCUGGUGACUCGGGAUUGAAAGGUGACCGUGGUGACCGUGGCCCACCAGGAUCACCCCCUAAAAUCAUGCCAAGUAUGAUGCUUGAUGUGAAAGGCGAAAAGGGAAAUGAAGGAGAAAGUGGUGCCCAAGGGAGCUUUGGUUUCAAAGGCACAAAAGGAGCACUAGGCUACCCCGGGCAGACAGGAAGGCCAGGUUCACCUGGCUUUCCAGGUUAUGAAAAAGGUCAGAAAGGUGACUAUGGAAUUAAAGGAAUAAAAGGCAUAUCAGGAUAUAUAGGUGUCUCAGGAGGUCGUGGUAUUUCUGGUUUCCCUGGAGCAACGGGAAGGAGGGGGGAAAAGGGAAUUCCAGGGAUUGAUGGUAUUUUUGGCGAAAGUGGCCAGCCUGGGGAAAUUGGUGAUUGGGGAGAUAUUAUAAACUUGCCAGGAAGAGCAGGUUCGAAAGGAGAUGCUGGCAUAACUGGAGCCAAAGGGGUAGAAGGAGCCAAAGGAGGAAAAGGUGAUGCUGGUGUUCCAGGUUUUCCUGGCAUUCAGGGCACGAGGGGCUCCCCAGGCUCCCCUGGAUUGCAAGGGCAAAGAGGAUUCCCAGGGCAGGUUGGCGAACAAGGUUUAUCUGGAGAUCCAGGAUUUCCUGGAUCAUCAGGUGAAAAAGGAAGUUCUGGGUGGAUUGGGCUUCCAGGAAGUAAAGGUGCUGCUGGCGCCAGAGGAAUCACUGGAUUACAUGGUUUGCCAAGUACCAAGGGCUUUCCAGGAUCACCAGGUCCAGAUGGAUAUGGCCCACCAGGUUUCCCAGGUAUUUGGGGUGACAAAGGUACCGUGGGAGAGCCAAGCCCAAUUGAAGGCAGCAGAGGAGCUCCUGGUCCGAAAGGAGAAAGAGGAGAUCUAGGACAGAGAGGCUCACCCGGGAGCCCUGGACCUGAGGGAAGACCAGGCCUUCCUGGAGUUUCAAACAUAUCUGGAGCACCUGGUGAUGUGGGAUCACCAGGUUUGGAUGGUGUGCCAGGCUACCCAGGACCACCAGGACCACCAGGAAUAGCUGCUCCACCUGGAAGCAAAGGAGAAGUGGGGCAGAUCGGCAUAAUUGGAGAAGAUGGUUCAAAAGGACUUAGAGGAGACCAUGGCGCAGAUGGGAGACCUGGAAUUCCAGGGUUCCCUGGGGCAAAAGGAUAUAAAGGGGAACAAGGAGUCAUGGGUUUUGUUGGCAUAUUGGGAACGCCUGGUGACUUUGGCCCCACUGGACCCAAAGGAGACCGAGGAUUUCCUGGAUUUCAGGGACCUCCAGGUUCCCCUGGACUGCCUCCUGUCCUUCCUAAACUGGUUUCAGAACAAGGGAGCCCAGGUGCUCCUGGAAACAGAGGGCUUCCUGGCACGUUGGGCGAGAUGGGUCCUCAAGGCCCACCAGGAUCUCCAGGUUCUAGAGGCCCCAUGGGUAAACAAGGACUGCAAGGAAGAGGGGGAAUACCUGCAGCUCCAGGCUUCAGAGGUGAUCAAGGGAGAACAGGACUGCAGGGCCCAGGGGGCUUUGAAGGUGCAGCUGGUGACCCAGGUACUCCUGGGCUGCCAGGUAUGCCCGGCCGCAGCAUCAAUAUGGGAUAUCUUUUGGUGAAGCACAGCCAGGCGGAUCAAGAGCCCAUGUGUCCAGUGGGUAUGAGCAAACUCUGGAGUGGAUACAGCUUGCUCUACUUUGAAGGACAAGAUAAGGCACACAAUCAGGAUCUAGGUCUAGCUGGUUCAUGUUUGACUCGAUUCAGCACUAUGCCUUUUCUUUACUGCAAUCCUGGGGACGUCUGCUAUUAUGCAAGUCGCAAUGAUAAGUCUUAUUGGCUCUCAACAACAGCCCCUCUUCCAAUGAUGCCUGUGCAAGAAGAAGAAAUCCGGCCUUAUAUCAGCCGUUGCUCCGUCUGUGAAGCGCCGGCUGUUGCCAUUGCCAUUCACAGCCAAGAUGUCACUAUUCCACACUGUCCUGAAGGAUGGCGCAGCUUGUGGAUCGGCUAUUCCUUCCUCAUGCACACUGCAGCUGGUGCCGAAGGUGGUGGACAGUCACUAGUGUCUCCAGGUAGCUGUUUGGAAGACUUCCGAGCAACACCAUUCAUCGAAUGCAACGGUGCUCAGGGAACCUGCCACUACUUUGCAAACAAAUACAGUUUCUGGCUUACCACCAUUGACAAUCAAUUUCAACACUCCCCUUCAGCAGAUACACUCAAGGCUGGACUCAUCCGAACACACAUCAGCCGAUGCCAAGUGUGUAUGAAAAAUUUGUAAAAAAAAAAAAGUAAGUCAUCUUGCAAUGGCAAGGAACAAAUCUUGUUGGUGCUUCUUUAACUUUGUUACCUCAAAAAUUGAAAUAUCAGUUGAUCACCAUUUAUCUGAAAGAACAAACCACUGCAAUGGUUUACAACCAAGUUGGUUCUGCUUUCAUUCCCAUAAUUUUCUAAGUAGUUUUUAUUGUUGCAAAAAGGUGCUUUUCAGAGUUAAAAAAACUGGCAGGAUAUAAUUUCCUAACACAUCUGCUGCCCACUAGGUCUGAUUUUGGAUGCAGGUGGUGCUGCGGUCUAAACCACAGAGCCUAGGACUUGCCGAUCAGAAAGUCGGCGGUUCGAAUCUUCAUUACGGGGUGAGCUGCUGUUGCUCAGUCUCUGCUCCUGCCAACCUAGCAGUUUGAAAACAUGUCAAAGUGCAAGUAGAUAAGUAGGUACCACUCUGGCGGGAAGGUAAACGGCGUUUCCGUGCGCUGCUCUGGUUUCGGUGUUCCGUUGAACCAGAAGCAGCUUAGUCAUGCUGGCCACAUGACCCUGAAAAACUGUCUGUAGACAAACGGCGGCUCCCUUGGCCUGUAAAGCCAGAUGAGCGCCGCAACCCCAGAGUCGUUCAUGACUGCACUUAAUGGUCAGGGGUCCCUUUACCUUUACCUAGGUCUGAUUUACAGCACUAAAUGGGUUUUUAUGCAUUUUUACUGUAUACUUAACCACUGAAAACAGCUCAUAGUCAUUGAAUAGUAACCAUACAUUAAGAUGGAUGUGCAAACGUACAUGGGAAUCGGCUCAAAGAGCUGAAGUUUAAGUACCAUUUUGGAACAUAAAAAUGAUGAAAAUAGAAGUUGCGCUCUGCCUCUGUAAGACUUUCAUCUGUAAGACUUUGGCUUCAAUUCAGCCAGGAGUUAGGCAUGUUUCAGAGCCACCAACAUCAAUAGAACUUUAAACCUGCACCUACUUGUUGUAUUUAUGUUACAACUUCAUUUCAGGGCCAAAUUUUUCCACCUAAAUGCUUUUAUUAAACAAUAUAUUGCUUCAUAUGCAUAAUUGUCUCUAUAGCUUACAGAACUUUUGUUCUGUUGCUUUUGACAGGUAACACACCAAACUUUUUGACAUCUUGGACCAAAUGUGGGAUUGUAGCCUGCCCUGAGCUCCUUUGGGAAGAAUAACAUAUAAAUUAAAUAAUUUAAAUAAAAUAUAUGUUGUGCUCACUGAGCCCCAAAAUUCAACCAACAGGUGCACUGCACCAAGUGCAGAGUUUAGUUGUCUCUCAGUAUUGCUGCAGGAAGUUAGAUACCAGCAAGGCUUUCUUCAGCCAUGCUACCGGACACAUAAGAAAAUGUUCCCUUUAUCGCUGCUGCUCCCAGGUGACCAUAAGGCUCAAGAAGGUGCCUUUGAGCUCCUUCCCUGGAGUCGAUCAGGCUUCAAUUCAAAACAACAUGCUCUCUCCCAUUGUACCCAAGAGGGACUUCUGAAUACUCAUGCUUAAGUUUCUGCUGCCAGUCUUUUCCUCCACUGCUCCCAGGUGCGAGCAGAUGGAAGGAGGAAGCAAAUUGUGCAAAUGGCACAAUUUUCUCCACCCAAGGAGAGUUAGGGCCUCUACAGAGAUCCUGUUUAUUACACAUCCAUGACUGAGGCAGUUGUACACCGUUCUGCUUUCAGUACUCUUCUGCUUUCAGUGCCUACAGAAGUUCCAGGGUGGACACAUUGCUUCAUUAUCAACAGGUGCAUGUCCCACAGCUUUCUUCAGAAAUCCUGUAGCUUUCCUUAUUACAUAGGUUUGGGCGUCUGUGUGUGUUUGCUCCGCUUUGCUUGUGCUGUACCACCAGAGUGCCCCUCUAGACAGCAAGACUAAGAAAGCAGACUGAUGCAUAAGGAGUUCAGUACUAAUUCACUGCAUCAAUAUGUUGCAGAACACAUAUGCAAAAAACAUUCAUCUGGAGAGAGCUUAGAACGCACCACUUUCCACACUACUGUGUGAUUCUAACAAUGCAGUUGUGGUUCUGGGCAAUUAUUUGGCAAAUCCUACAGGACAAAUAGUGAUCAAUGAGUUUUGAUUUUGUAUAAUGAAUAAAAGAUUGUAUUUUAACAUUG